GGGUUUGCUGCGAUCUUAUUCUGACUCCCCUUGUGCCAUUUCUCCACUUCAUAAUAACUAAUCGCAAAUCAAUGGAGCACUUCUAGCAUGUUACUUUUUAACAUUGACUUUGCAGUGUUAAACUACACUGUAAUUUUAACACUUAAACUACAAUUCUUAAUUUAAACUACAGUUCUCAACUAAUUUAAGAUCAAUAUCCAUUGACCUACAAUGGUACUUUAUUCUAUGCAUUCAAUCUAUUCUGUAUCAUGAUCGCUAAUAUUAAACAUAGUUGCAUAUAAGUUUCCUAAUAUGGAAACAGUUAUUCUGUUUAAUUUUUUUUAAUUUAAUGCAGACUUAGUGCCAUCUUAAUUCCUAUUAUGUACAGUUCUUGAAAAAGGGAAUCCAGUACUUAAUUCAAACUAAAUUAAACAUCCCCUAUCAUUAUAGCGUAGAUAUUACUUGGCAGAAUAGCCAUCAAGUCUUUGGAAAAGAUAUUCAGAUGUUGUAAUGUGUCUAUAUCUAUAAUAAUCAGAAAUGUUCAAGUCACAAUAUUCCCUGUGAUAUUCUUAAUGAAGCAAAAGUUGUACUUUGAAGAAGGAUAGGAAGAGUAUUGAAGCUUUUGAACUUUGAUGUUGGAGAAGACUCCUGAAAAUACCAAGAGAAACAUGGAUCAUCAAACAGAUCGACCCAAAGUUCAUUUGAAAAAGAAACGGCGAGGCUUAAAUUUUCAUACUCUGGACAUAUUAUGCAAAGAACUGGAGAAGGCUCUAAUAAUGGAAAUGAUGGAAAGAAAGAAGAGAAGAAAACAGCAGCAAGCUCCAUCAGAAACUGCUAGCAAGAGCAAGGACUGGUGCAAAGGAGAAACAAGGAGUGCAUCGUCUAAAGCUGAACUGGCUGACAUACCUGCAGAGCAUUAGUAGAUGAUGAUAUAGGAAAGAAGGAGCAAUGUCAGAAGACGCUGCUAACGAGACACGUUUGCCUUUGAAGACUACAGCUUUAAGAGUAUUUGAUCUUCCACUCUCCUGGUAUAAUUCAUUGAUACAGGUUAAAAUCUCACCAGGGCUAAAGAAACUAUUUGCGAUAACAGCAGUAAGUGCCAUAACAGUGCUUUUUCUUGCCCAUCACUUCAAAAGAAAACGUGGGAAGAAAACCAGGAAAAUAUCUCCAUGGGAAUCAGACCAUCUGAUGUUCGAUUAUGCAAAAACUUCUGGGUCAGAGAAAAAUUCUAGUUGUUGCAGUAGCAGACAAAAUCUAACACUUUCACUGAAUUCCAUCAAAGAAAAAGAUUUUCAAUCUUACAUCCAUGCCAGUGGUGAUCUCUUCAAUAAAUAUUCUGGUUCCGUGCAGAGUUUGGCCUCAGCCCACAGUGCCACCUCUUGUCCUAGUUGUGUUUGUGUGAAUUCUAAUUCCUGGAAUAAAGCAGAUGAAGAUAAUAUGAAGCUAGUCAAUAUUCCAGUAACUACUCCAGAAAAUUUAUAUUUGAUGGGGAUGGAGCUAUUUGAAGAAGCACUACAACGAUGGGAACAGGCAUUGACAUUUCGGAACCGACAAGUUGAGGAUGAAGCUAGCUGUGGUGCCAUCAAGAUUGGAGCAGGUGAUGCUAUUGCAGAAGAACAUAUAGAGGAUAUCAUUAGUGCAGAGUUUAUACAUAAGCUUGAACUUUUGCUCCAGAGAGCUUACCGCCUUCAGGAAGAAUUUGAAGCCUCUCUUGGAGCAUCUGAUCCAGCGUCCUUUGCCAAUGAGGCUGGUAAUCAAAUGGAUAAUACUAUGAAAGAUAUUACAGAUGAAUUCAGUCUGCGAGAUACUAUAAGCAUUGGAUCAACAGAUUCAUUUGUUUCAGCUGCUGAGCUUACAGAACAUAAAGAGAGCCGAAACUAUUAUCAUCUGGAUUCACUUUGCCACUGCCCAUUAUAUGAAGAAGCUUUGCACAUGGCAGAAGAGGGAAAGAUUUAUUCACGUGUCUUAAGGACUGAAAUGUUGGAAUGUUUGGGAGACAGUGACUUCCUUGCUAAGCUCCACUGUAUUCGACAAGCUUUUCAGGUCAUUCUUUCAGACUCUGCAAAUCGAAUAUUUCUUGCUGAAAGUGGCAGAAGAAUUUUAUGUGCUUUAAUUUUGAGAGCAAGAAAGAAUCCAAAGAAAUUUGAGGAAGUAUUUGAUGAAAUGAUCUCUUUUUUAGAACAAGCAGAUCAAUGGAUUCAUACUGAAAUGGAGUUGGCUGCUUAUGGGGUGAAACACUUAAACUUUUAUGAUGUUGUUUUGGACUUCAUAUUAAUGGAUUCUUUUGAAGACUUAGAGAACCCACCCAUGUCUAUACAGAAUAUAGUUAAUAACCACUGGCUGAACUCUUCCUUCAAAGAAACUGCUGUGGCUUCAAGUUGUUGGUCAGUCCUGAAGCAAAAAAAGCAACAAAUGAAAGUUCCUGAUGGCUUCUUUGCACAUUUCUAUGCUGUUUGUGAACAUAUUAGCCCUGUUCUGGCAUGGGGAUUUUUAGGUCCUAGAAAUUCGCUGAACGAAUUAUGCAGCUAUUUCAAGAAUCAGAUUCUUUAUUUCCUGAAAGAUAUUUUUGACUUUGAAAAAGUGCGAUACUCAUCAGUGGAUAAUUUAGCUGAAGACCUUCUGCAAUUGCUAAUCCGGCACACUAAUAUUUUAUUGGUCUACUUUGGAGUAAGCGGAUGUCAACACCCAACAGCCAGUGACCUUUCAGAGGCAAAAGUACAAUAAAUUUCUGUUUUUGUUCUUCACGUGAGCAUAUUUUUGCCUUUUUCUCCCGCAAGAGAAUUUAAUAUUGUUUCUUUAUGAGCAAGUACCCCAAAAUCUACAAUAUUGUCAAAUGUGGCCUCAGGGAGAUAUAUAUAUAUAUAUCAUGCUUAAAUUAUUGCUGUACAUAGCAUUUAAAAUAUUUCAAUUGUCCUUGGAUUUAUACUUAACAUAUAUUUUUAAACGGUUACAUAAAUAUUAUUUGUGGGGAUAAUACAUUGUUCAGAUCUCUGUGAUGAAAGUGAUACAAAAAUACAUUUUAUAGUAAAUAAGUUCCUCCCAGGUUUACAAUGUAUAAAUUGCAAUGUACAAAACUCUCAAAAGCUCCACUUGGUGAUAUGUUUGCCAAGACUUGCACCUUUUUUGUCUUAACAAAUGUGCAAUAAAAAAAAAUACAGUGACAGAUGAUAUAGUUUAUGUAUGUAUAAGCUAUAAUUUACUGUAUAGUGUAGCAACUGUAACAAUGCAUUUGGCCUUUGGACAAUAUUCUAUGAGCACUAUUGUAAAAUUUAAGAGUUAAUAUCAAAUAUUUAUGUAAAUUAUUUCUCAUGAUGUUUUACGUUGGUUGUACUGCAUAAAAUCAGAGUCUGGUGAACCUUUAGUAGUUGUUUUGAGUAGUUAAUAAUCUCUAUCAUAUUUAUUUAUUUAGCAAAUUUAUGGAUUGCUAAAUAUAUAGAUAACUCUCUGCAGAGCUUUUAAAAUUUUAUACGUACUAUAAAUAAGAUCUUGUCUAAUUGAAUCUAUUAUUUAAAGUAUAUUUUAAGGGGGGAAAUGUAUAUUAAAAAGAAUAAAAUGGUGCAAGGGUAAAUACAUGUUCCAUUACAAUUUUAAGUAUGUGUUUGUCUCUUUAAAACAACAGGGAUGCCAAAUUAAUACCUUUAAUACCAUGCAUAGAUGUGUUUUGUUUGAUCAUGGUUUAUUGUAUUAUCCACAAUUGAGUAUACAAAGCUAUAUAAGACAUGGUUUAUAAGCACAAUGGCCAGAUUCACACAAUACACGGAUCCUCAAUCAUAGCACACAUUUUUAUUUAGAAGGAUAAGUGAACCUAAACGGAUGCUGUGAUUGCUCUCUAAAACAGUACUAAUCCUAGCAUUCAGCCAGGAAACUUAAGCCUAGCUAUUGUCUGUUUCCCCAUGCAUAGUGAAAGUAUUUAGCCUUUAUAUUGUAGUAGUUUGUUGGACUGGAUUUUCAAAAAAUCCCUUGCCCAGUUCUGCCUUGCAAUUCCAGUCUCUGCCCAUGUCCAAAAGCCAUUCUCUGUCACAAAAUUAAACAUUUGGUUUGAAACAGUAUCAAACACUGAGGUACCCUAUCAUAGAGUGUAUCUAUGUAUUAUUCAUGUUCUGCAUAUUUAUUGUUUUAUAUAUUUUUAUUAUACAAACAUGGAUAGUGAUAUUCCCUUGCAUGAAGGAACAUUUAAUGCUAUCCAGUCAGCACAUAAAAGUCCUAAGAUAUUGUAGCCGUCCAAAUAUUGUGAAUAUAUGAUACAGGAAAAUGUCAUUUGAAUCUUUAUAUUAUGUAAUACAUAUUAAUAUUUUCAAUAUUCUUUUUCCAUCUACACAAAAGUAAAUCAAAAUAAGUCAAUCUCUUUUUCCAGUUGCAGCAAUUAGAAGACCAUUCCUUUUGCAAAAAUGUAAAAUAUCCAUUUAUUGUAAGCUGCCCAGAGUCACAUAAAAAUGACACAUAAAUUGAGCAAAUAAAUAGAUAAAUGAUAGGAUCCUAAUGUUUGAUUAGCAGUAUCUUGAAAAGACAUUAAGUAUGAAAAUUUGAAUGGGCAGCUAAUGGAGGCAACGGCAGGAAAAAACAAGAUUAAAAAAGAGAUCCUGGCUUAAAAGCAAACCAAAGAGAGGGAUCUCUGGAAGUUAAGGCCACUGAAGAGGAAAAUGGGUCAUAUUCAAUGAAGCAGGAAAAGGAAGCUGAAGCUAUCGUUGAAUGAUAGCAUAUAUUUAUGGCAUUGCUUAUAUAUGCAUUUUGUGUACCAUGAUUUCAUGGUCAGAUCAUCACAAAAAGGGACACACCAUUCUUUCUCUGGUCAUAGUGCUUCAGUAAUAACGGAGUAAUCGAUGUAAGUACAAGUUAAUAACUUUCACUGAAUCAAAGGGGAUUAUUAUUUUUCUUACAGGUAGUCCUCAUUUAGCAACCACAAUCAGGAUUUGUAAUUUGGUCACUAAGUGAAACCACAACUGUGCUUACAAUCUGACAUCAGCUUUCCUUCACUUUACAGACCCACGAAGGUCAUCAAUGUGAGAGGAUUGGUUGUAGAGUGACUUUUGCCAUCACUGUCAUUUACUGCAAAUGGGGGCUAAACAAGACAUUUGCUAAAUGAGGACUUCCAUGUGUUUAGGGCUAAACACAGUGGCAUGAUGUUAGAUUAGAUUAGGUAGACCCAGAGUCAAAUUCUCAUUUACAUUUGGAAGUUCACUGACUGUCUUGGGAUUAAUCACUAUUUCUUAGCCUAACUUACCUCACAGGGCUGUUGUGGGGAUAAAGCUGUAAAAGGAAAUGGAGUGUAUUCGACUGUUUGUGUCAGGGAUUAACUACAAGGUUAAUUAUGCCAAAACAAAAUAUCAGCAUUAGAAGUAUAAUGUGUUGGUUUGCUAUCAGAGCUCAGGAAAACAGGUUAUGUAACUCCUUGAAUGAAUAAAUAUUGCUAUUAGUAAAUAAA